ACAUGUGCCACAGCCGAUCGCAAGCUUCCGCUUGGUGCAACAUGCGGCCAUCGGGUUCUAACCUUUCAGCCCUAUUAAGCACGCUCUUGGCCAGCAUAAUCAAUUGAGUUAAUUGGACUUAGUUAUAUCACUUUGAGGAUAACUGUUAGGCAAGCAUCACGGUAGCGAGCUUCUGAGACACUUGGAGAGCCUCGUGCCGGACGCAAACACCUGAACUUAUCAAUUUUCUCAGCAAGCAAGUCACAAGUAAUCCACAUAACUUAUAAUCUAGGCAGCACCGAACGAGCGUCUGGGUCAACGCGAACCGUUGACUGUGCUGCUCGCUCUCCGCCGCGGCGCUUCGCACAUCGAGACACCACGGCGAGCACGCAUGAGUAGAUGACACGUGUGCAGCAAUGUCAACAAUCGGCACUGGUGCUCGCGAGCGUGAGCUGCAGAGCCUUCUGAAGCAAAAGGACGCCGAGUUAAAGCAGGCGAACGCUGAGCUUGAGGAGCGCGGAAAGCUUUUGUACAAGACCAAGGUUGCUAUUGAACAGCUCCAGCAGGAGCUAACUGCCAGCCGUCGCGAGGAGCAGUCCAUCCGCGAGGAGGCCAACCGUGUGUGCGAGGACCAAGCUGCGCAGCUGCGCCAGGCGGAGGAGCAGAUCCACGCGCUUGAGGAGCAGCUCCAGCAGGCGACUAAGCAGAACAAGGAGCUCCAGAGCAAGGCCGCAAGCUACGAGUCGGAGCUUGAGCAGUUCCGGCACCAGAACCACGUUGAGGGUAGCUCCGCUGCCCAGAAGCUCCGCGACAAGGACAAGCGCAUCUCCUCGCUUGAGGAGGAAAUCGAAGCCGUCAAGGAUCACGCAGACGGGCUUGAGAAGAUGCUGCGGGACUCGCGCUCGCGGUUGGCAACGCUGGAGCUGGACAAGGAGGAGACGGACCGGGUCAUCCGCGACCUGUCAGCAAAGAACAAGCAGCUGCUGAUGGACAAGCAGGAGCUGGAGCACCAGCUGGAGGUGGCAAAGAGCCUGGCGGAUGCCGCCAAGCGGGAGGCGUCGAGGGCGCUGCAGGCGGCGGAGGUGGGGGAGAAGGAAAAGACCGCCAUCGACAUCGACUGGGGCCGCAAGGUUGACAAGAUGACGGCGGACUUCGAAGACAAGAUCCGGGAUUCCGAGCGCAGGCUGCGGGACGUGGAUGCGGAGUGGAAGGCGAAGCAGGAGGCCGGCGAGCGCAGCUGGGUUAGCCGUAUGCAGGAAGUGGAGCAGCACUGGGAGAAGCGGUUGCGGGACGGCAUGACGGCGUGCGAGCGCAAGUUUGCGGAGGAGGCGACGGAGUGGGAGCGCCGCCUGCGGGACACGGACACAGCCUGGCAGACCAAGGUCAUGGAGCUGGAGCAGCUCUGGCGUGCGCGAUUGACGGACGAGCAGCGGCUGCACGACGCGGACCGCGCGCACUGGGAGGCGCAGCUCAUGGCUCAGCGCGCGGAUCUGGAGGCCAAUUGGGCCGCCCGGCUGGACGACACGCGGCGCAGUCUAGAAGCAGCGCUGGAGGAGGCCACGCAGCGCGCGGCGUCGGAACGCGCAGCGCUGGAGCACGCCGCGACAUCCGAGCGCUCCGCCCUGUUGCAGUCCGCUGCUGCCGAGCGGUCCGCCUUGGAGGCCACGGCGGCCGCCGAGCGCACGGCGCUGGAGCGCACGGCCGCGUCGGAGCGAGCCAACCUGGAGCGCACCACCGCCAAACGGCUGGAAGAGGUAGAAACGCUUGCUGCGCGGCGCGCGGAGGAGACGCGGGCGAAGUGGGCGGCAGAGCGCGCCGCAGCGGAGGAGGCGUGGGCUAACAAGACGGCAGAGGUGGAGGCCAAGUACCGCAAGAAGCUUGACGAGCUGAAGCGCAAGGCUGCGGCGCGCGAGCUCGAGAUCGACACGCAGUGGAAGGACCGGCUGGAUGAGGCCAUUCGCAAGGCCGCGGCGGAGCGCGAGCUGCUCAGCGCCAACUGGAACGCGCGGCUCUCGGCGGCGCAGGACGAGGCAGCCGCUCGCUACCGCGCCCUGCAGGAGGAGCUGGAUAACAAGGUGGCGGGCAUCAGCACCCGGCUGGCAGACAUGGCGGGCAAGGAGGGCCGGCGCGAGGUGCAGCGCAGCGAGCUAGCGCGGCAGGUGGAGGAGCUGCAGGCGCUGCACGAGACCGAGACGCGGCGGCGCACGGAGCUGGAGCGGGCGCUGCGUGACGCGGCCGCCAUGUUCAAGGCUGAGCUGUACGAUAAACAGGCUGAGCUGGACGCGGCUUACCGGGACGCACGCAGCAUGCGGCAGCAGCUGGCGCUGCAGCAGGUCAUCGUCACGUCGCCGCGGCUGAGGAACACUAUGAUGCAAGAGGAGCAGGCCGGCGCCCCGUCGCUGCUGACACCGGCGUCGCCCGGCCUGACCACUAUGGGCGCCGCCGCGACGCCAGCGGCUGCGGGCCUGGGCGCCGCCACCGAGCUGGAUGCCGAGCUGCAGGCGCUGCGGGCGGCGCGCAGUGAGUACCAGCGCUCCAUCACGGCAUCGCACGACGCACGAAGCGGGCUGCUGGGCACGCUGGACCGGACCGAGACGUAUAUGGACCCCCGCACCUUCAGCCCCAGCAACAGCCCCGCCGUCAACCGGCUACUGCGGCCGGACACGCGGCAACCCAUGCGCAGCCCCAGCGGAGGCAGCAAGGCGGCCAAGUACAUCGACCGGUUGCUGUUGGACGAGGAGCUGGCGGCCGCUGCGGAUGCCCGGCGUGACAUCACGUCCACGGCGUCUGCCGACCCAUCCUUUGAUGCAUGGCGCAACCGCCUCUCCACUCGGCUGACUUCAGCGCUAAAGAAGUUAGAGCCCAGUGGGAGGUAGAGCGGAGGCGCGGUGGCGCACCUGCCACAGAGGGUUGCAGGCCCGGGGUUCUAGGCUGGACAGGUUCUGGGGACUCCCACCACGAGAAAUAUUUCUCAGGCGUUGCCUGGGCUAAAGAUUAUGUUAUGGCUGGAGAAGGCGGUGCACGCGUUCGGGCGACGGUUUGGUGGAUGCUGGAUGUCGAGUCUCGCCAAAGCAAAGGCGCAAAGCACGGCUGGUACUAGGACUAUGUGGAAACUCCAACAAUGGCUGUAUCUAUUGGUGUGCCUCAUUUGUGAAUUUGCGCUGCUACCCAUUCGGCCCGGAGUUCCAUACUUCGAGCGAGCUUGCUACCUAUGCCCCAGUUGCCAAUUCAUAUAUACCUAUUGUAACUGAAAGACUGA